UCGUAUAUAAAACGCAGGAAAAUCAACAAUCGGACAGUAGCUACCCGAUAGCCUCACAAAAAAUGAAGAACGCGUUCACGGUUUUUCUGGUCCUGGCUUUGUCCGGGACCGCAAUGGUAACUUGUUUACCAAAACCACAGACGAGAGGAUUGAAAGAAGAUUUUCAAGAUUUUCUGAAUUUAAUACCAGUGGAAAAAAUCAAAGAACUGUUCUAUGACUACAUCAUGGAAGAUGAAGAUUUUGGAGAGGCUAUCGACUACAUCAUGUCCGAGGAGUUCAAAGCUAUGGUUACAGACAUCGAGGGCAUGUAUGAAGUCAAAGAGUUGAUGAACUAUUUGGAAGAGGCUGGUCUCCCUGCCUAUGAGUACGUCAACAAAUUGAAUGACUACCUCGAAAUUCCACACAUUCAUCCGCGUAUGAGGUUUGGGCUUAUGCGAAGGACUGGAGGUAUCCCUGGCUUCAUCAAGGACGUCAAGGCCCUCAUUCCGAUUCACGAACUGGAAAAACUGUACAAAGAAAAAUUGCACACGUCGAAGGAUUUCGCCGCCCUCAUUCAAAAGCUGAGCUCUCCCGAUUUCCAACACUUGGUUGACAAAAUUUUGGCUAUGCCCAAAAUUCAGGAAAUUAUGCACAACGCGAAAGAAAAGGGCGUAGAUCUACAAGAGCUUUUUGAUUUCUUGUCUUCGCUUUUGGGACUCAAGUUCCCGAAACCAACCUUCAGGAACGUGAGAAACUUACAGGAUGAUUUGAACGACUUCCUCGCUCUUAUCCCAGUAGAAAAAAUCCACAAAGUCUUCAUGGAAUACGUGGAAGAGGAUGAAGAUUUUGGAGAGGCUAUUGACUACAUCAUGUCCGAAGAAUUCAAAGCUAUGGUAAUGGAAAUCGAAGCUAUGUACGAAGUCAAACAGUUGAUAAACUAUUUGGAACAAGCUGGUCUUCCUGCCUAUGAGUACGUCAACAAAUUGAAUGACUACCUCGAAAUUCCACACAUUCAUCCGCGUAUGAGGUUUGGGCUUAUGCGAAGAACUGGAGGUAUCCCUGGCUUCAUCAAGGAUGUCAAGGCACUUAUCCCGGUUGAUAAAAUGGAAAAAUUGUACAAAGAAAAAUUGCACACAUCAAAGGACUUUGCCGCUCUUAUCCACAAGCUCAGUUCACCGGACUUUCAGCACUUGGUUGACAAAAUUUUGGCUAUGCCCAAAAUUCAGGAAAUCAUGCACAACGCUAAAGAAAAGGGCGUAGAUCUACAAGAGCUUUUCGAUUUCUUGUCUUCGCUUUUGGGACUCAAGUUCCCGAAACCAACCUUCAGGAACGUGAGAAACUUACAGGAUGAUUUGAACGACUUCCUCGCUCUUAUCCCAGUAGAAAAAAUCCACAAAGUCUUCAUGGAAUACGUCGAAGAGGAUGAAGAUUUUGGAGAGGCUAUUGACUACAUCAUGUCCGAAGAAUUUAAAGCUAUGGUAAUGGAAAUCGAAGCUAUGUACGAAGUCAAAGAAUUGAUAAACUAUUUGGAACAAGCUGGUCUUCCUGCUUACAAGUACGUCAACAAAUUGAACGAUUUCCUUGAAAUUCCACACAUCCGUCCGCGUAUGAGGUUUGGAAUUUUUCGAAGGACUGGAGGUAUCCCUGGCUUCAUCAAGGAUGUCAAGGCACUUAUCCCGGUUGAUAAAAUAGAAAAAUUGUACAAAGAAAAGUUGCACACAUCAAAGGAUUUUGCCGCCCUUAUUCACAAGCUGAGCUCUCCCGAUUUCCAACACUUGGUUGACAAAAUUUUGGCUAUGCCCAAAAUUCAGGAAAUCAUGCACAACGCUAAAGAAAAGGGCGUAGAUCUACAAGAGCUUUUCGAUUUCUUGUCUUCGCUUUUGGGACUCAAGUUCCCGAAACCAACCUUCAGGAACGUGAGAAACUUACAGGAUGAUUUGAACGACUUCCUCGCUCUUAUCCCAGUAGAAAAAAUCCACAAAGUCUUCAUGGAAUACGUCGAAGAGGAUGAAGAUUUUGGAGAGGCUAUUGACUACAUCAUGUCCGAAGAAUUCAAAGCUAUGGUAAUGGAAAUCGAAGCUAUGUACGAAGUCAAAGAAUUGAUAAACUAUUUGGAACAAGCUGGUCUUCCUGCUUACAAGUACGUCAACAAAUUGAACGAUUUCCUUGAAAUUCCACACAUCCGUCCGCGUAUGAGGUUUGGAAUUUUUCGAAGGACUGGAGGUAUCCCCGGCUUCAUUAAGGAUGUCAAGGCACUUAUCCCGGUUGAUAAAAUAGAAAAAUUGUACAAAGAAAAGUUGCACACAUCAAAGGAUUUUGCCGCCCUUAUUCACAAGCUGAGCUCUCCCGAUUUCCAACACUUGGUUGACAAAAUUUUGGCUAUGCCCAAAAUUCAGGAAAUCAUGCACAACGCUAAAGAAAAGGGUGUCGAUCUACAAGAGCUUUUCGAUUUCUUGUCUUCGCUUUUGGGUCUGAAAUUCCCUAAGCCUACGCUUCGAUCGGAGCAGGAAGUUAUUUCAAUUUUGAAGGAAAUAUCCGAGAUGGUGCCAAUGGAUAGUGUCCUUGAUAUUGUCUUAGAAUAUUUAACGACCGAUGAAGAAUUCAAUAAAUUUAUUAUGUUCAUUGUAAGUGAUGAAUUUAAAGAAAUUUUAGCAUCCAUGGAACAACUUCCAGAAGUCAAAGCUUUCCUCAGAUAUCUGAACGAUGACAUUGGCUUGGAUGUUUACAAAGUCAUGGAUGACUACCAUGCUGUACUAGGAAUGGAAAAGUUUCAACCUCUUUUCGCCAGAAAAGUUACCGGCGGUGGACUUGCAGGACUGAUGCAAGAUCUUAAAAAGGUUCUGCCUUACGAUGAUCUCGACGAAAUAUACCAAAGAAAAUUGGAAACUUCUGCUAAAUUUAGACAAUUCGUCGAUCGUCUGCAACAUAAGGAACUUUUGGAUGCCGUAAAAGCAUUGGAAAAUCAUGCUCCAUUCCAGGUUUUAGUCAAGAAAAUGCAAGAAUUUGGACUUGAUAUGAAUGAGUUUACCGAGAUGAUGGGAAAGAUGACAGGAAUCAGAUUUCCCCCGAAACCAUUGUAAAGAAUUAAUUUUUAAGACCGAGAGCCCGAC